GUCGAAUACCCUCAAUCGUCAGGUCAUCUGCCCAACCAUGGGUAGAUAAUCUUUGGAGAGAACGUUCACAUCGAUAGUAGAGGUGAGCUAACAGAAUAGCAGGUCGUGGGAUUGGACAUCAGCCCGCAUAUGAUUCCUGAAGUGCUGCCCGAUAAUCUGGACCUUCAGGUCGACGAUCUGAAUGGAGAGUUCACGUUUCCAUCCAAUUACUUCGAUGUCGUACACAGCCAGAUGAUGGCAGGCGGAAUCCAUGCAACACGUUGGCCAAGCUAUCUGCGGGACAUGUACCGCGUCCUUCAACCAGGUGGCUGGUGUCAACUGGUCGAGAUAUAUUUCAAUGCUCAGUCGGACAAUGGGACGCUGUCGGCAGACCACGCACUUUCGAGAUGGUCAAGCGGAUACCUUGACGCGAUGCAUCCUCAAAAGGACCCACGAGCGGCCCUGCGUCUUAAGGAAUGGAUGAGGAGUGCAGGCUUCACGGACAUUGAAUCGCGCCUUCUGACACUUCCCAUGUGUCCAUGGCCAACUGAUCCCCGCGACAAGCAAAUUGGUGCCUUGAACGUCAGCAACGUGAGUCAGUUGCUCUAUUCAACGGGCCUGUAUCCAUUCACACAGAUGCGAGGUAUGCCAGCGGAGGACUUUCAGCUCUUGGUGGCUCAAGCGAGAAAUGAGGCCAACAAUCCUUCAUACAGGGCCUAUUUCCCUCUGUAAGUCAAAAUCAAACGUUCCUCGACGCCGAGAUGCGGGACGCUGGCGG